UUCAUCUUGUGACACAUAUACGAUCUUCGCUGCAACUCUUCUGACAGCUACGAGCAAGCAACUCCUCUACGCUUUAAACAAAGCUGGGCGGACAGGAGAGGGAAGGGGAGAGCUUUACCUCUGGUCUCCCCAGCAUACCCUGAGAAAACCAGCCAUGGAUGACCGCUCCUCACUUGGAAAAGUCAGCAGCUCUACUGAGUCCGUGGCCACCGUCACCAGUGAGGAGUUUGUUCUGGUACAGCCCAGUGUCGCAGGGUCACCGCAAGGCUCUGAGGGCAAACCAAGACUCAAGAUGUCUUGGAAUGGGAGUGAGCAGCUGGAGAAAGCUAUGGAUGAGGUGUUGGAUGAUGACGAUGAGGUGAAGGUGGAGAAGAGCAAUGUGGAAAAGAUGGAGAAGAUGGAGAAGAUGGAGAAGAUGGAGAAGAUAGAGAAGAUGGAGAAGCACAGGGACCCAGAGAGCCAAGUCCUGGAGCCCCAGCCUGCAGAGACAUGUCCAGCACCACCCAGCCCCACGGUGCUAGAGGAGGACAGUGUCCAGUUCAACAAGCUGUCCUACCUUGGCUGCACCUGGGUCAAAGCCCCUCGCAACGAGGCAGAGGCACAGAGCGCCAUGGUCACCCUGCGGGCUGAAAGCGCCAUCCCCAUCCCCAUCACCCUGCACGUCCCCUGUGGACCAGACGGCUCCGUCAGGAUUGUGGACCAGGCCUCGGGUACAGAGAUCGCCUCAUUUCCCAUUUACAAGGUGUUGUUCUGUGCUCGUGGAAAGGAGGGUUCAGUGGAAAGUGACUGUUUCUCCUUCACCGAGAGUUACCGGAGCUCUGAGGACUUCCAGAUUCACGUCGUCUCCUGUGAAAUCAAAGAGGCCGUCAGUCGUAUCCUGUAUAGUUUCUCCAGCUUUCGGCGUUCUUCUCGGCCGUCAGACAUCAGGGACACGCCGCUCUCCAGUCCUGAAGGCGACCCUUACACCUUCACUGUCACACUGGAGAUCAAAGAGGAUGAUGGCAAGGGCAACUAUAGUCCAGUGCCAAAGGACAGAGAUAAAUUCUACUUCAAGCUGCGACAGAGCGUUCAGAAGAAGGUCGUGGUUUCAGUUCAGCAAAUGUGCAACAAGGAGCUGGGCAUCGAGAGGUGUUUUGGGAUGCUGCUGAGUCCAGGACAGAAAGUCUGCAACAGCGACAUGCAUCUACUAGACAUGGAGUCGAUGGGGAAGAGCUCUGAUGGGAAGGCCUAUGUAAUCACAGGAACAUGGAACCCCAACAUGGCAGCCUUCCAGCCGCUUAAUGAAGACACACCUAAAGAUAAGCAGGUCCACAUGACGGUGGCAGUGGACCUGGUAGUCACUGAGGUGGUGGAGCCAGUUCGCUUCCUGAUGGAAACUCUGCUCAGGGUAUAUCCAUCAAACGAACGCUUCUGGUACUUCAGCCGCAAGACCUUCAGUGAGAGCUUCUACCUCAAACUCAGACAGCAGGCACCAGAGAGGGUGGGUCAGAGCGAUGCCAUGUAUGAGGUGGUGAGUCUUCAGAGGGAGGCAGAGAGGAGCAAUGAAGGACGACUGGCCUCGCCCACUGAGGAAGAGGAGGCUGAUGAAGAUAGCGACAGUGAAAUCUCCAGUGGGACAGGAGAUGUUUCCAAAGACUGUCCUGAGAAAAUUCUGGAGUCCUGGGGAGGAAUCCUCACCAGAUGGCAUGGGAACCUGUCCACUCGUCCGAAGGGUUUGCCCUCGUUGGUUCGCAGUGGCAUUCCCGAGCCACUCAGAGCUGAAGUCUGGCAGCUGCUGGCCGGUUGCCACGACAACCACGACCUGCUUGAGCACUACCGCAUCCUCAUCACCAAGGACUCGGCUCAGGAAGGUGUCAUCACUCGGGACAUCCACCGCACCUUCCCCGCACACGACUACUUCAAGGACUCUGACGGAGAUGGACAGGAUUCACUGUACAAGAUCUGUAAGGCCUACUCUGUCUAUGAUGAGGAAAUUGGUUAUUGCCAGGGUCAGUCGUUCCUCGCUGCUGUUCUCCUGCUGCAUAUGCCAGAGGAACAGGCCUUCUGUGUGUUGGUGAAAAUCAUGUAUGAGUACGGCCUCAGAGCUCUCUACAAAAACAACUUUGAGGAUCUUCAUUGCAAGUUUUUCCAGCUGGAGAGGCUGAUGCAGGAGCAGCUUCCAGACCUGUGGUCCCACUUCCAGGAGCUGAACCUGGAGGCACACAUGUACGCCUCCCAGUGGUUCCUCACCCUCUUCACUGCCAAAUUCCCCCUGUGUAUGGUUUUCCACAUCACUGACCUGCUGCUCUGUGAGGGUCUGAACAUCAUCUUCAACGUGGCCCUCGCUCUGCUCAAGACGUCUAAAGAGGACCUCUUGCAGGCGGACUUCGAAGGGGCUCUCAAGUUCUUCAGAGUCCAGCUCCCUAAACGUUACAGAGCUGCGGAGAAUGCCCGCAGGCUUAUGGAACAGGCCUGCAACAUCAAGGUUCCAACCAAAAAGCUGAAGAAGUUUGAGAAGGAAUAUCUGACACUGAGAGAGAGCCAGCUGCAACAAGAAGACCCCAUCGACCGAUUCCAGAGGGAGAAUCGUCGUCUUCAGGAGGCCAGUAUGCGACUGGAACAGGAGAAUGACGACUUGGCCCAUGAACUGGUCACCAGCAAGAUUGCUCUUCGGAACGACCUUGACCAGGCAGAAGACAAGGCCGAUGUUUUGAACAAAGAGCUGCUGAGCACCAAGCAACGCCUGGUGGAGACGGAGGAGGAGAAAAGACGACAGGAGGAGGAGACGGCUCAGCUGAAGGAAGUGUUCAGGAGGGAGCUAGAAAAAGCAGAGCUGGAGAUCAAGAAAACCACAGCGAUCAUAGCUGAAUACAAACAGAUCUGCUCCCAGUUAAGCACCAGGCUGGAAAAACAGCAGGCGGCAACAAAAGAAGAGCUGGACGUCGUCAGGAGUAAGGUGAUGGGCUGUGACCGCUGCAGGGAUCUGUUCACAACUCUGGGGUCCCACCAAGCUUCGUCGCCCGGCAGGGACAAGACAUCCACAGAGCCGAUGGACGAGGAGAAGGACGGACUGAAGGAGCAGCUGAGGCAUCUGGAGCUGGAGCUGGCACAGACCAAACUGCAACUGGUGGAGGCCAAGUGUCGCAUGCAGGAGCUCGAGCACCAGCGGGGAGUCCUGAUGAACGAGAUCCAGGCAGCCAAGAACUCGUGGUUCAGCAAGACUCUUGGCUCCCUGAAGAGCUCUGCCUCCUCUUCCUCCAGCUCCACGACCCAGACCCCAUCCUCUCCAAAGGACGGCCCUGCCUAAACGACCCUCCCUCCAUCUCUCCUUCCCCUGCAGGAUGCACAUUAGAGCUGAGGAACACAAGUUGAAGAAACAAGCAGCGGAGAAAUGCAGUAUUCCUUUUCCAGCCGCUUGCAACGCAAAGCUCGCCGGCUUCUUGGACUGCAAAUAGCUGAAAAGAUGAGGGAGGAAACAGGAGGACUGGAUCAGCCACCUGUUUCGCUUAAUGUUUACGUUUGAGUGAACUACAAAAUGUCUGUUGACCUUCUCUGCUUCACAGGUGAUGUGCUGACACGUUUUGUGUCGAGUUCUCCUUAUAAGAAAGCUGCAUUAACAUACACAAGGCUCACGUAGGUGUAUAAUUUAGCUCCACCUUGUGGUCAGACAUUGCUACUGCAGAGUUCUUUUAUCUGUGUGAGAUUAUGUUUUUAGGUAGCUGAGAGUUAAAGCUACAUUCAGUCUCACAAUGUGAACAAUAUUUACAAUGAUACAGCUACAGGUGCAGAUAUAUUAUAAGUUUACUGCAUAGAAAUGUUGUGAUCUACAUUAACCAUCUUCAGCGCAGCAAAGCUGCAGCACUCUGAAAAAGGAAUACUGCAUUCAGUCUUAAACAAGAACAACACAAAAGGUUGUAUUUCUUUAUAGUAAUAUAACGUAAACGAUGUUGUCAUAUAAAUAUGUAUAACUAAUUAUUGAUUUUUGUAAUAAUCUUGUACAGUUCUUAAAGAGAAGAAAAAAAGGAAAAGUUCUUUGUUCAUUUUUUUUUUUUUACCGUUUGGAAUUUGAAUGUCAUCUCUAGAUGUUGACGUAAGCACAGUGUGUGUGAUCGAGCUGGUCGAGUCCAAACGCUGGAGAACCAAAGUGACAGCCUGCAGAGAUCUUAAUGUGCGUAAUGUCCCAAAUGUUUCUUCAGUCAUGGGUUGAACAGACUCAUGGUGUGUAUUAUCAUGCAGCAUCAUUUUGUGGACAGUUAGCUGUGGUCACAACAGAAAUGGGCUCUUUUCCUGUCUGCUCGGUCCUUUUUAUACUUUUAAUGAUUCAGUUGGAGUUGCUAUAAUACAAUGCCACACAUCUUCAGUUACGUUGUGAAUUCUCCAAAAUGUUUUGUUAAAAAUAUCCAUGCUACAAAUUGAUAUUUUCAGUUUGAAAAUGUUUUUAAAUGUAUCCCUGUUAAUCUUGUUAUUUUAAGGUGCACCAAUUGUCUGUGUGUGUAAUUGUUCUUUUACACACUGAAAAAAUGGCCAGAUAAUCACAGGAUCAUGGAGAAACUGAGUGUGUCUGUCUGUGUUAUGUAACGCCAUGUAGACAACACCCACUGGAAGUCUUCACCCCUUCAUACCUGUUACUGUCAUCCAAAUUCGCUGUAGAUACUAGUCAACACAUUUAAUUAGGAAACUUUAUAGUCCAGUGUUUGCUCUGAAGUAUCUGUUACAUAGCACAGUUCAAAAUAUACUACAAACUCUUCGUACUUAUUAAAUUGCUGGUUGCUAAUAUCUACAGUGACGGUGAGGACCACAGCCAGAGAUAUGAAGACACAAGGAUGAUUUUGGUGUCUUUUAUUAUUCGCCAAAAAGUCUGUUUAGCUUUAGUGCUGUGUCAGCAGGCGGAAAGCUGCAUCGAAGGUGCCAAAUGUCUCGCUUUAUUCUCGACUUGUUGUCACUGAAAUCAGCCUUUGGACUCUGACCAAGCCCAUGUGUACUUGUUUGUGAGUGAGUGUGUUCUGCACUAUAACUCAAGUGGUUGAAGUUGAAAUGGUUUCUUCUUCACGUGGCUGCCUUUUCUGAUGAUGACCGAAGCCGUUGGCUGAUGAGAGGAAAGCCAUCUGACAGUUUGAAAUGUCGGAGAGCGUCAGCUGUGCCAUAAGAGCUUCCCCUCUGCUCCGUCCCCAGCGGUCUUCCUCCGUGAUCCCAACCAUCUGAACCAACAUCACCAAAAACCAUGUCAUCUGAUCCUAUUGACAGAUCUGCCGAAUAUCAUUUUCAGCAGCAUGUUUGACACAUUUUGAACAAGAGCCUCCCAGUACGACCAUUGUCCUCUGCAUCAAUAUCAUGGCAAGGGAGAAAAGGGAAUCAUUGAAUCCCAGGUGUGUUUUGCAUUUCCAGGACAUUCCUUCUUCACUAGCAUACGUCGUUCUUGUUCUCACAAAGUCGUACAACCGGUUUAAUGUAAUCUGUGGCCAAGUUUCAGAGAGCUCCUCGUCUUUUAUGUGCACUAACACAACAUCAAUAUUUGAAACACUAUUUCAAGAUGUGCGUUUGUUUAAAAGUUAUCCUGAGCACAGAGCAUAAUUAUUUUUUAACUGAUUAUUGUCGCAGUGAGGACAGCUGCCAAUUUAUAAUGCCCUCUAAUCAGUUCAUUUCAAUGAUGGUGAUGAUGAGUGGUGGAGAGUCGGAUUACAGUUGUGAUGUGUGUCGUACCAGUCAUGUUACACGGAGACGGACCGCUCCUCAGCUGGUCCGACUCCAACACUGUUUGCUGUAUAGUAACUGUCUGACCCGCAUUAAUAAAUUUCAGUUUUUCUGUUCAUGCA